GUGGAGAUGAAUUUAUCUUUGUGAUUUCCCAGCCAAGCUAGGGACUGUUCUCGAGAGCGUGUUGGAAGCCGGUACAUGGUACUACCAAUGCACUCAGUUCCACAUGUGUAAAUAAAAUUAGUAUAUGCAUAUAGAUGUAACCGAAUUUGUCAGUUUAUCUUCGAUAUUUUUACCAGAAAGUUUCUUCCAGGAGAAGAUGAUUCGAAGUUUAGCAGCGGAGUAUGUUUUACUCAAGGGUCUUGAUGGCCAUUUCUGACUUAAAGACUCAGCAAAAGAAUCUUGGUUUGCUUGCGUUUUUUGGCUUUACUUUCUAAUCUAUGUAUCUAAGUAGGAAACCAUUUCCUACUAGAGUUAUUCGCAGACUUGGCAGUUCUCAAGGAGAUCAACUCAGAUGGUAUUGGUUCCUGUGAGCUGGAGGGCUGUACUCUUGUGCAGGAACCAACAAUUCCUCUCUAGUAACAUAAUCCAGUCGUAUCUAUUAUUUCUUUACAUAUUUAGUUAUUCAGCCAUGUAUUACUGAUUAUAACUCAGUAGUACACUUUUGACAGUCGAAAACAUCACAUGUCAGAGACGGUUUCAUACUCCGUACUAGAUCCUUCAAGAAGAGCACGGCUUUGCUAUUCGUACACUAAACGGAUAUUUUGGGUCAUGUUGUACAAACAAACCAACUUUCUUCUUUCAUUUUAUUGUUAUUCUUGUUGUUAAAACACGUUAUUAUUAUAAUUAAUUUUCAGACAAAUAUUAAACCAUAUCCAACCGAUUUGAUAAGAAUUGAAUUUGACCAUACAAGAUGUCGAUAUUAUACACAAAUAGACGCUGUACGUUUAUCUGGUUGGGCUGAACUACCACUGGCUACAUCACGCUGUUCGACGAUUGGACAACUUGAAGCCUCAACACCGUCGCCUAUUGAUGUCAGUUCAGUAAUUAGUCCACAACAAUCAAGUUCUCAUAUACAUAAUGCUUUGUCAUUUUUCUCCGAUUUACUUCAACCGUGUACAUCACUCCUAACAGCCUCCACUUAUGAUUGAUUUGAACCUGCGCUGACGAACGCGAACAAGCAUGCUGACCAUUCUUUCAAAUAUCUAUGAUCAAUCAAUGUGUACCGUGAUGCUGAGUCACCUUGCCUGGUGAUCACAUGAUAAAAAAAGAUCGAUGCAAUUUGGUCAGUACUCAGCACUCUCCAGUGACUAUUCAGUGUGUUUCUUAUAUUCUACUGUCCAUACUAAUCAAAUGUAAACAUACUCUCAGUUAUUUCACCGUCGUUAACUUCCGGUUUGCUUGUCGCAUUACAGCUAACUGACAAGUCAAUGCAUGUAUCAUUCUCAGACGUUUCACCUGAUUCUUCUCCAAAUCCAUUUUGUGAAGCGAAUGUUAUUAUGGAUAAGCAAAGCGAGAUGUCAUCAGCUUUAAUACCAGCUCGUGUAUACCGUAAAUCGUCUGGUCUGUGUCGUAUUCCACCGAUUGGCAUGAAUUUGUUACUAUCAUCAGCAUCAUAUAGUCGAAAUGUAAUUGCUCUACCACCGGGUACAAUAUGUCGAUCUACGUUAUUUGGUCUUACUUAUUUAAAUGAAGAUGCACUGUGGCGUCAUGGCCCAUUGACUCGUCAACCAUAUGAGGUUCUGCUUCAUAUUUUCUCUUAUCUGGAUCUACGAAGUUUAUUUCGCUCUGCUUGUGUCUCUCGGCAGUUUCGUUGUCUUGUCGAAGAUACACUGGCCAGUGUAACUAGGCUAAAUCUUCAAUCAUUUUGGUCAACGUUAACUGAUUCCAGUCUGCUUAGCUUAGGGAAACGUUUAGGUCAAGUGAAUUUGAUUGUGAAAGCAGUCGCUGAAUACUACACCACAGGGAAUUGUCUAGUUGCACCAAUCAGCUUAUUACGUCGUAAAGCUAAGGAAGAAGAGGACGGAGAGGAGAUACACGAAGAUGGCACCAAUCAUUAUCGUAAAGACAAAAAUUCACUUCAUCAACAAUCUACUUAUCUUAAAAAAAAGCAUUUACAUACACCAUUAGUCGCCCGUGUACGUGGUUGGAGUAAAAGUGCUGAGCGUGUACGUGAUCGUGUUCAGAUAUUCGAUGCCACGUAUUCAGAUGAUGUGAUGGAUAUAUGUUCAAAUGGAAAGUAUUUAGCCAAGGACCAUUCUCCGAAUGAUAAUCAUUAUUUAAAGAAUAAUGAUAUGCAUAAAAUGAAAACAAUUGAUGGAUCAAAUAAAUGUUAUCGCUUUGAUCUACCCACAUCGCAUUUACGACGUUUGGAUAUGUCAUGGUGUGGAAAUUACUCUCAGAUAUCACCGACAGCAUUUGGUCACUUUCUUUCUGAUGCUUGUCGUCUGCUGACAACACUCAGAUUGUCCAGUUGUAAAUUCCUUAACGAUGACUGUCUAUUGCAUAUUGUCAAUACAUGCCCAUACUUGAAAGAGCUUGAUUUAUCCUCAUGUCUGGGCAUAACAUCUGAUGGUUUCUUAACAUUGGGUCGAUUGAUUCACUUGACUUGGAUUUCACUCUAUCGAACUCACAUCACAAAUGAUGGCUUAGCAAUACUAGCGGAAUUAUGUCAACAUUUAAAGCAUAUCAAUGUUGGUUCAUGCAUAGAUGUACAUGAUAUGGAUCGUGUACUUCAUGAAUUGACACGGAAUAAUCCAGAUUUACGCUCACUCAACUUAUGGCGCUGCGAUUCACUAACAGCUGCAGGAAUAUCUUGUAUAUCUGAAUAUUGUGUGUAUUUAGAAGAAUUGGAUAUCGGUUGGUGCCGGAAUAUAGUAUUGACUCAGGCCACCAGUUGUAUUGUGCGUCUAGCUAGUCGUGCUAGGUGCCUGAAGAAAUUAUUUCUCACAGGAACAAAUUUGCUCAACUCUGAAGAACUGAUUUCGGUUGGUCAAUAUUUAAGCUCAACUUUGGAACAGCUAGAUAUUCAUGGGUCAACAAGCAUUACCACUUGUGCAGCUGUCUCAUUACUCGAACAGUGUCAACAAUUAAAACUGUUAGAUGUAUCCUUCUGUCCUGAAAUCCAUUCCGGCAGUUUAAUCCACCUAAGAUAUUUAUUUCCAUUCUGUACAAUUAUUGAUUCAAUACCAGAUAUGAAUGCAGAGGUUCUUGGCAAUCAAUUCCCCGAAAUGAUUGUUGAUGAAGUUGUCGACGUCGAUGAGGGUGAUGAUGAUAAUGGUGCUGAAGAUGGUGAUAACUUCUUUGCUCAAUUCAUACGAGGUAGAAGAGAACUCUUAGCCCUACCAGCGCCUAACCGAUUACCUGCCAUAGCUGCUGAACCCUAUUCAUCACAAAAUAAUGAAUAAAUAAGUGGCUGAUAUGAUGAAAAGUUACCAGUCAACUGUGAAUUUGUCAGCAUCAUCUUUUCGAAAAUUCUCCAUUCUAGUCGGUGGCUAUUUUAUUCUUUCUGUAUAUAAACAUACUUCUGUGUGUUAUCUCACUUGUUCAGCUCCAUUCUGCCUCAAUAGUAUCUGUGAUGCUGUAGAAUAAUAAUAUAAUGUAUACAGAACAAUUUUAAUUUACUUUUCAUUUCUCCGGCGUUUCACUACAUAAAUGCACAACAAGUGAAGUGGUUGAUUUAAACAAACCAAUUGAACAUCUGAACAAAAUGAUAGCAAGAAUAAUAACAGUUUGUUUUUCACCUCCCUCUUCAUCAUCUUCGUAUUGAAGAGUAAGAAUCAGCGAUACACUGACUGGCUAUGCCAUGCAUACUGUGUGUUUGUUUUUAUUUGACUUCUCCCUGUUUUCAACAAGAGAUUAUUUAAAGAUAAGGGAGGAAAUGCAUUUCAUCUUU